UGGUGGGAGUCUAACAGGAAGUCUGUCUUCUCCCUCAGGAUUUCGUCUAAUUCCUGGUGACUGGGUUCAUAGAUGGGUCAGGAUGGGCUUUCACCACAAGAGGUGCCUAGCCUAUAACACAGCACACAAUCCCAACAACGGCUAGAGGUCAAGGAGGGAGUUGUAAGACUAACCACCUGAGGGUGGUGGCUCCUGCUUCUACCUCCUCUAGUGUCAUUGGGUCACAACGUGGGAGGGCGAGUGUUAGGACGGAUGGCGACAAGUCGUACGCUUGCCCUACAUGUGGGAACCGGUUCGCCAACGCAAACAAUUUGAAGAAGCACCAGACCGUUCAUACCAAGGAAAGGCCAUUUAAGUGCAAACUAUGUUACAAGCUUUUCCUUCCUAAGUAGCCUUAGACAGGAAUGUCCACAACAGGAAGAUAUACAAGUUAUCUGUUUCUCUUUUAAAAGGUUUGUAUUCAGGUCACUUUUCCGCCAAUCAGGUUUGGCGGCGCUUCCGAGAGCGUUCUGACAGGUUGGCAUAGGCACCCAUCUAGGCUUCAAGAGAGGCUGCUGGGCGGCCGGCGGCGCUGUUGCAGCGACCGGGGCUUCCACAGGGGAGCUAGGAGCUUCUUGGACCUGCUCGCCACGCUUUCGGCGCAGGUCGGCUGUUUGGGAGCCGACGCACCACAGGAAAGAGGCAUCUGCUUCUUUUCCUCCCCUAACUUCACGAGACGCCCCGCUGUCUUUCUCAUGGUGUCUCCGAAGAGGCCCUUUUCAGAGAUGGUUGCAUUGAGCAAAGGGGUCUUGUCUGUCUCCUUGAUGGAAGUCAUGGAGAGCCAGAGGUGUGUCUGCGUCAUGACCAACACAGCCAUCACUUGGCCGGCGCAGACUGCCAACACUUGAGUGAUGUGGAGAGCAGCGCUGGUGAAACAUGCCACCUCUUCAAUGCCAGCCUCUGUUGCGGAUCAUCAUUCUCCCAAGUCAUCCUAUAAUAAUGUGAUCACAUAUGCUCCAAGCAGGCCCAGUUAUUCAAACUUAAUGGGCGCUCUGCCUUCUCUCUGAUCUGAGCGGGUAAUCGUUGCGCACCUAGAACCCAUAACGCUUCAAUAGCCCAAGGGUGAGGGAUUCGACUGGGAGCCCCCCAGUGAGUAGGCCUGAGAGAGAGAGAUCCAGAGAGGAUGAGUUUUACUAAGGUUGGAUUUCUUGCGUUUAUGGCCAUGGUGUUCAAACUGCACCGAUGGAGCAGAAAUCACAUUAGAUACAUGUGAUAGUCGCAGCAGCAGAGAAAUAUUUGGGUGUGAGAGAUUUUAGUGCUGUAGCUCUAUAGGGAGUUUUGAGAGAAGGGGUUCGAUCCUGCCAGGCCUGGUGUAGGAUCGUUCAGGGUCAAAGUAGUGGGAUGGGGUGGUGGUUUUGGGGGAUAGUGCAUAGGUGCAGGGUUGGUCCAUUACUAUUUAACUUUUUAGUGACCAAAAUGUGCAAUCCGCAUUCCGACCUGUGAAAGGCAGCAAUGGGCAACACAUCGUCUCGUCUGCCGGAAAUUCACACAAAGUAGUAAACGGAAAUGAACAGUGACCAAGAACAGUUACGUUUGCGUUUUGUUUUUAUUUAGACGUAAAUUAAAACCCUGGAACUCAAAAUAUCACAUACUUCCUCCAUGUAGUGUUUAAUUCACGUUGGAGACAAGACUUGGUUGAUAGAUGUUAUCUAGGUAAUGCUAACCGCUAAGAAUGGCUAACUGUAACGUAAUGGUUUUUCACACUCAAAUGGCCUCCGUAAUGGAGGUGCUAGCGAAUGCAGCCGUGGCAGAAAUCUGUAAACUCGUAGACGACGACUAUGCAGUGUUUCGUUUGGAAAUUUCUCAAAGCCAGAAAGAAAACAGGGCUUUGCGGAGGAAACUACAGCUACUAGAACUGAAGGUGUCACGGGAUCGCGCACUUGCCAGUCGUCCCAGUAGUGUCAAGAUCCUCGACCGAUACAGAGGAAUGGAAAGAGGUGAAGGACAUCUCAAUGGAGGCAACAGAAGUUUUGUGAAGCCAGCGGGACGCAAUACAUGGAGAGAUGACCAACCAAUCACUGUUGAUGAGGGGAGUGGAACCUCUACCCAGCAUGUUAUGGUGAUAGAGUCUACAGAUGCAGAGGCUGCAGGUCCUGGGGUCACGCAGGAGAAGUCUGCAGGAGAGGAGGACCCACGGUACUGCAGAGAUAUCCAGACUGGAGAGCCCUCUGUAGCCACAGAAGACCCCGUCACCAUCCCAGCACUGCCCAGGACUCGACACAGCAUCACGGAGGUCAGUGGAACGCUGAACGCCGUCAUCAAGACAGAGACUAUAACGGGGCUGAGGCAACUGGGCUAUCCUCCUGCUCCCCGCUCAGAGUAUUUACUUUGCAGUAGUCCGAGCGCGGUUCUGUCCCAUCGGGAUUUAGGUGACUCGUUACUGACUGUAAAUGAUCUGUCCUGUUCAUAUGCUACAGAGACAGAGAUGAUACCUGCUGACAUGCCUGUGGCUUUAGAUAUACAGACUAAUCCAUUGAGAGGGAACUGGAACCGUUACAUUAGUAGUGUAUAUUCUGAAGGGUGCCUAGAUAAGAAAGGAGAGGGCCUGGUUGUCGAUAAGGUGACUGAAAGUGGAGGGCCACGCUCCUCUGACAUGGAAUGCAGAGUCUAACUUAGGAGGACACUCGCAGGUCAACACCAGUGACUUCUGGGAUUACAGGGAAAGCUUAGAGACAAAUACAAAUGUCGCUUUACACAUGCUCAGUGAUCGUGCCCCAGUGUCCACGUCGAUGGGGCCUUCCGAUUCACACGUCCGUGUCCUUUUUGAUCAGGUAUUGAACUCAAACGACAGGACUAGAGCCCAGGCUCAGGGAGGGGGAGCGACAUCAGGCAAUAGUAAAGAGAAACGGUUCCUCUGCAUGUUCUGUAACAAAGGCUUCAGCUGCCCCCAGAAGGUGGAGAUUCACCAAAGGGUCCACACAGGGGAGAAAUCCUGCAUUUGUACUCAGUGUCACAUGUGCUUUGCCCAGGCUUGCAACCUGAAGAGGCACCAGAGGGUCCACAUAGGGGAGAGAUUCUACAGCUGGCCCCAGUGUGAGAAGAGGUUCUCCCACCAGCACCAGCUGACGAUGCACCUGAAGGUCCACACGGGAGAGAGGUUGUAACGCCAGAACAUAGGGCUGUUACGGGGAUCUUGUUACCGCCACACCGGCGGACCGCAGUCAAAUUCCACGUGACCGCUGAGUCACGGUAUCUAGGCUACUCCAAAACUGCACUCUGUAAAUGAAGGGCGCUGAUGAGUGUUAAUUGCCUACCAAACUUCCUACGGCUGUCAAGUUGCUAAUGGCCUGGUACUCAGCGCUCUAGUGUCCCUCGAAUCACUCUGACAUAAAUGCCACAAAAACAUUGCAUCAAAGACUUUGAUUUCAUUUGAAUAAUCUGCAGAGUUCACAAUAGCAGAACAUUUUUUAAAACGUGUUGCAUUCUGAAAACGCAGGUGUAUUGACCAUGACAUAAAAUUUCAAGUUCCGCGUUUUUAUAGUUAAAUAGACUCGCUGCUCGCGCACUCUCCGCGCUCAGAGUGAGUGGGAGAGGAGAGGGAGAGAGAAAUGCGUUGCGAUUGCAACAUUUGAGGGAAAAUAACCAUUUUGAAAGCAAAUAGGUGUACUGUUGUGACUGUUGAAGAGAGGAGAGUCUCAGCUUUUUGUAGGUAGUACAUUUAUUUCUCAACUUUCAACAUGGACCGCGGGAGCAGCGUUUUUUAACCAAAGUAUCUGGUUGGCUAUGGCUUUGAGAUAUACGUAGCCUAUUCAAAGCGCUGCGCAGGAAGCGCACAUCUGCCAUUUGCAGUGAUAGCAUUUGCCUAUAGACAUCAUUGGGUGAGCUGCAAGUUUUGAGGACAUUAAAUGAACUAACCCUCAAGUCGAUUGAGACGCAGCCCAUGCAAAAAAAAACGAAUAUCUCCAGCUUAAACAGACAGAUUUUGAUGGGGAAAUUUUUGAUUAUGCUAAUUACAUUUCCGCGGGGGGCGCGGAUAUCGACUCUAGGGGGUUAACUGGUAAGGACAGCUCAUGAGGUCUCCUAAUUAUCUGUUGACUAGGUGGGACCUUUAUUACUAAAGAGGCUUUUAUUUUUUACCCAUUAGAGUAGGAGUAAAAUGUCUCUAUUCUCAGCACUUAUGACCAAUUUUCUAGUGUGGACCAUGCCUUUGAAUGAUCAAAUUUCCCCCAAGAGUCGAUUAGAGCACUUGUGUGUCAAUCUAAGUAGCAUUAAAAAAAAUGACCACCAAAAUCUGUCAAUUUAAGCUAGAGAUGUUUUUUUGCACUGGAUGCGUCUCAAUCCACCGCAUUCGCCUAUGUCACCCUUCCUCAUCUGCAGUGAAAGGUGGCAGAGCUAGAGGGGCCAUGAAACAUCCCGAAAAUCGGUCCUCUCACAAAAACGUCUGUAGCAUCCUUUAACCUACAGACUAUUAUGAUCAGUCUAUGGGAAGGUGGAGACUCUCACGAAUAUGAUGGUGUCGUUGAUGUGCCAACUUCUGUUUGGAGCGUCCGAACCGUUUGGGCUACAAACAAAUGUGACCCCACAAUUGUCACAGGACCCGUCUGAAGGUAACCGGUACGGGUUUAAAAAAAAUAAUGAAAGUGUGAAGGUAGUUUUGUGCCUAAGGGGUUAAAUAUGUGUGUUAAGAAAGCUCAGGAAAUACAUUUUUUUAUCUCCCAGAUAUAGGACAGACACUUCAAAACCUUGUUUCUUAUGAUUUUUGUUUUUCACUGUCUUUUAAUGUUUAUGAACAUGUUAUUCAAUGCAUUUCUCUGGGCUAUAGUAGUAAAGGCCAAAUUCAAAUUCAAUAUAUUAUUUUCUGAUACCUUAAGGGGUCCUAAAAUUCAGAAUCUAAUAGCUAAAUUAUCCAUAGUAUGACCACCUUAAAAGAAUUCCACAUGUCAGCUUAGAACCCUUCCCCAACAACGGCAUAGACUUACAGGGGUUAACUGUUACAUUAACCAAUACACUGCUAACUAGCAGCAUAUUUUAUUAGCUUUCUUGCUAAUGCAUUUGGAGUUUCCUUUUCCUCAGAUGGUGAAUUAGGCCAAAUCCAUAUGCAAGUGCAUCUGUCAUUUCAACUGAACAUUGUGGUUAUACUAAUGAAGAAUGAAAUCAAAUAAAUUUGAUUCAGAAUGAAUUAA